AUGAUGAGGGAAUUGAGGAGGGGAUUACAGAAUUUUAGGAGGGGACUUUUGAGGGAAUUAAGGAGAAAAUUAGGGAGAAAAAUCAAGGUGGGGUACAUUUCCACUAUGAAUUAUCUUCUCCUGAGUGACAGUGGUGAGCAAGAGAGCUAUGAGGAGGUACAGCAGAUCGACAAAGCUCAAGGUGAGUGGAAGUCUGCCAUGGAGGAAGAAAUGAAAUCCUUGACAAAGAAUGGGACUAGGGAGCUCGUAAAGCUUCCAAGAGGGCGAAAAGCUCUUCAUAAUCGGUGGAUUUAUCAGGUCAAGGAUGAAGCCAAUGGACAGAGACGCUACAAGGCGAGGCUUGUAGUGAAGGGCUAUGAACAGAAAGCAGGGGGGGGGGGUGAAGCGACACAAACGCAGGACAGAUUCCGUGUAACUUUUAGUGGUCAGAGUGACAGAUCAUCAAAUGUUUUGGACACUUACAAGUUUGGUAGAAAAGCGAUAGAGAUGAUUGAUGAUUUCAAGUAUUUGAAGGACACGGUACCCCUGGAUGUCGCCACAAAGCUGGAAGCAAAUAGCUAUGUGGAAAGGUCAGGCAGAGCCAUGGUGGGAAGGGAGCGAGAGUUUCAGAGGCUUCAAGAACUUGCUGGUGAUGAUGACGUGAGCAUCAUUGGGAUCUACGGGAUGGGCGGGGUCGGAAAGACGGAACUCCUUAAUAAAUUCUAUAAUGAGACCCAUCUUAAGGAUACUCAUGACAUGAUUUGGAUUGAUAUGAAUGCUUGUCACAGUGUACAAGAUUCUCAAAGGGCUAUUGCAGCGAAGUUAAAAGUGCGUUGGAAUGAAAAUGAACAGCAGGAACGAGAUCACCCCAUAUCUCAGUACCUAAACAAGAAAAGUUAUGUGCUAAUUUUGGAUGGUAUGUGGGAAGAAGUGAAUCUCGAUGAUGUUGGGAUCCCAAGCCCACGGCAAACCAGGUCCAAGGUCAUACUGACGACACGAAUAGAACGUGUAUGUAGCAGAAUGGGCGCAUCAAGAGCCAAGAUCCAAGUCAAAUGCUUAAAGUUCGAUGAAGCUUGGAGUCUAUUUACAGAGGAGGCAGGCGAGGGACUCAUCAAUUCUCACAGAAUGGUCGAGCGUCAUGCUAAGGAACUAGUGGGAAAAUGUGGGGGUCUGCCACUUGCCCUCGUAACAGUUGGACGUGCUAUGGCCGGCAAGGAGGAUCCUCAAUCAUGGAAGCAUAAAAUCGAACAACUAGAUUCUUCACCUCAGGAGAUUCUAGGCCCUGAAGUUCUUUCUUCUUUGGCGCGUAGUUUUGACGAGCUUGCUGAUGACAGACUGAGAAAGUGUUUAUUGUAUGUUCUCUUGAUUCCAAGACGUGACAGGGUUUAUAAGGAAUGGAUCAUUGACUACUGCAUAGGAGAAGGGGUUAUAGAUGAUCUUCGCCGUGAUGGGGAUCAGGUUUAUAAUGAGGGUCGCGAUUUACUUAGUGAACUAAUGUCUAAAUCGCUGUUAGAGAGUUCUGAUUAUGAUGACGUGGAAACCGUCAAGAUGCACCCUGUGAUUCGUUCCAUGGCCCUGUGGAUAGCUAGAGGACGUGGAAAUGAAGAGAACAAGUGGCUGGUGGAAGUAAAUAAACAGCUGAGAUCCCAACCCAGUGCUGAGAAGUGGAGAGGAGCAGAACGAAUUUCACUCGCAGGAAAUGAGAUAACUGAGCUGACUCAGAUACCAGACUGCCCAUCUUUGAUAACCUUCUCGAUGUGGCUGAAUCCGGGAUUAGCUAAGAUAUGUAACGGCUUCUUCCUAGCCAUGCUAAAUCUGAAGGUGCUAGACCUAUCACACAGUCGUAUUGAGGAAGUUCCAGCUGAAAUCGGGCGGCUGCUGGAGCUCCGGUACCUUGAUUUCUACAACACUAAAAUCCGUUCGCUACCAGAAGAAUUGGGCUGUUUGAAAAAGUUGAGGUUCUUACUGUUGUCUCGCACGCCCAACCUGACCAAAAUUCCUAAAGGAUUAAUAAGAAAACUCUAUGAAUUGCGAGUUUUGAGGAUGUACAACAGUUACAACAAUUGGAAUGCGGAGACGGAUGGGGAUGGGCUGGAGUUGGAAGAGCUUCAGAGUUUGGAGAAGUUGAAAGCGCUUGGAAUCAGCAUUAAUAAUGUCCUCGCCUUGGGAAAGCUUGCUCAAUCUCACAAAUUGGCUGAUUCCACACGUUAUCUUGAAAUAAGCAUCUCCCCAGGUCUGUCAAAACUUUCAACUGCAGACCUGGGGAAAGACUACAGAGCUCUUAAAGACCUUCGUCUCUAUCGUUGCAGCGACCUGGAGAAGUUGGAAAUCGCUGAAGGUGAUGACUUUGAACACUCCAGAUUGCCGUGCUUGACAGAAGUCUACCUAUUUGAGCUUCCAAGAGCCAAAAUUCUUUGGAGAAGUGGGUGUCUCGAUAACCUGAGCUUUCUACGUAUUGAAGAUUGCAAAGAGAUGAGACAGCUAAUACACUACGAGGAGGAGGAGGAGAAAGAAGAAGAAGAGAAGACCAAAGAGAUUGAUGUUUUGCCACAGCUCACAACGUUGUUACUCUCUAACCUGCCAGAGAUUGAGACGCUAAGCUGUGGGAGAAGACUACUGGCAUUCCCUUCCUUGAAUGAGCUCCACAUCAGUAACUGUCCCAAGCUGAAGACGCUUCCAUUAAAUGCACGUAAGCUGAAAUGCAUCAAGGGUAGCAAAGCAUGGUGGAACAAUUUAGAAUGGUCGGAAGGCGACAACACAAUCAGGUCCGAACUCAAGGCCAUCUUCGAGGAGGAUGAACCCCCAAAGUAGUUGUAUGUUUGUCUAAAUUUGCUUCUCUUGCUGAUGCGUGCUAUCAUUUCGAAUUUACUUAUGCAUUUUUUUUUUUUUUGAGUGCUAUCAUGUCGAAUUUACUUAUGAAUUUCCUUAUGUAUUUAUGUAUCCAUAUCGUGAUUUAUAACUGCUGUUAAAAUAUAUUGGCUAUGCGUGUCCCAGAGUGUUGUACUUGGGGUUGAAAAGGAUCUGUAACUCCUGAAACAUCAUGAACAACAAAUUUAUUCUCAACUGAUAUGUACUUUGUGGGAGGAAAUAAACUUUUUUUGCCAAUUAGUUAACAAACAGUACCAUCAAACUUAUCCAAUACUUUUCAGAAUAAAUUAUAAAAUAUCAUUCUAUGCUUGUCCUCUAAAGAUAACUUUUUAACUUUUGUGUUAAUUUCCGGCAUGAUACCUUUGUUAAAUAAUCAGACAUCUUUUAUUCCAACCCCCGCUGCUUCCCCUCCACACCUUUUUAUGUUUGUCACUUAAACAUAACAAAAUGAUUUUCUUUUGUGUUUAUUUCCAUAAAUGUUACCUCUGUUAGCUAAUUUGACAUAUUUUAUUUCUACUCCUGUUGAUAGCCCAUACAGCAUGGAAAUAACUUUAUGUUCCACUAAAGAUUGAAAAAAUUUA